AUGGCUAAACUAAGUAGGUCUGGAAGCUACCUUCUUUUCGAUUGCCCCGGACAAGUUGAGGUUUUUACACAUCAAGAAUCAUUGUACCGCAUUUUCGGCAAACUAUCCAGUGAACACAGUGCUAGAUUAUGUGUCGUCUCUUUGAUCGACUCCAUUUACUUGACAUCUGCAUCCCAAUAUAUAUCCAUUACACUCUUGAGUUUACGAUCUAUGUUGCAGCUUGGUUUACCUCAGAUUAAUGUAAUCUCAAAAAUUGACAAAUUAGCCGAGUAUAACUCGUUAGAGUUCCCACUUGACUUUUAUGUUAAGGUGCAAGAUCUUCAGCUUCUUCUACCAAAAAUCGAAAGUGAGCUGGAUAGGAGGCUCGGUGGAAAUUUCAUGAAGCUUACAGAAUGCAUAGCGGACAUGGUGGAAGAUUUCGGGCUUGUCACCUACGAGGUGUUAGCUGUUGAAGACAAACAAUCGAUGAUCAACUUACUCGAGAAGAUUGAUCAGACGAAUGGGUACAUUCAUGGAACAAGCGAGAUAGGUGGUGAUUCAGUUUGGCACGAUGCAUCGAGAGUGAGACUACAUAAUAAGGAAGACGUGACUUUGCAAGAGCGUUGGAUCGAUCACAAAGCACAUUACGACGCUUUACCACAGACAGAAAUGUUUGACCAUUUGAAAGAACAUGAUUAG